AUGUCUCUCCUUCCUGUAAGUUAUACAAGGUUAUACAAGGCGCGGAGUCGCGCCUACCGCCCUAACCCGUACCGAAUACUAACCGACCUUUUUUUCUCUCUCGCAGAUGAGGAGCUUGUUAAUCGCCGUCGCCUAGGCUCAACUUAUCUCAAGGUGAAGCAGAGUCAGCUCAACACCUCCAACGCAACAAAGCCUCACAACUUGGGCGCGUUUGAGUAUGCCCACCUCCGGGCACCUUUGCCCAAGGACCUGAAAGGUUCUGAAGUUUUCCCGCACACAGCCAAGUCACGCCCAGAAACCUACUUUUUGAUGCGAAGGAGCGAGGAUGGGUUUGUGAGUGCCACUGGCAUGUUCAAGAUCGCUUUCCCUUGGGCCAAGCAAGAUGACGAACGCCUGGAGAGAGAGUAUUUGAAGACACGAGAGCUCACAAGCCACGAAGAAAUUGCGGGCAAUAUUUGGAUCUCUCCUCUUUUUGCACUGGAGCUGUCCAAGGACUACAAAAUGUACGGCUGGGUCCGCGCUUUGUUGGAUUCAGCCGAGGUCCCCCAGAGUACAUCCAAAGAAAAGGACCAACCUAUCGUCAGUCAGCCACCCACAUUCGUUAUGCCAGAAGACGAGCGUAGCCCAACACCACCACGCCGAAGUCGCCGCUCCGUCUCUCCGGUCAAGGCCACGCCCAUGAAGCAGUCUUUCACCCCUGGCAAAGGUAUUAGCGCUCGCCGCGUCGCCAACGACCUCCUGGAUACUCCAUCAACUGGUACUGCUGCAGCUAACGACAAUCUCCAAAGCAACUUGGAUUAUUCUACCGCGAAUAUCGAUAUUGCGGCGCAUGGCAAUUUGUUUGAAGUCCAAGAGGAAACAGAAGUGAAGUCCGCCGGCUCACCAAAGAAGUCCAAGAGUCGGAGAUCUAAGAAGAGUACUACUGAGACCGAUGAUGAGAAGGAAGCCCAGCUGCCAGAGGAGGCCAGAAAAGCCGACAAGAAGGCUCAAAAGGCUGCAAAGGCAAAGGAGCUCAUCGAAGAAGUCAUCGAGGAAGAAGCUGGAGGAGAUUAUGAAGAGGCUGUCGAUUCCAUCGAAGUCUCCGCCAUUGAGACCAACCCAACUGAGAAAGUUCUCUCCCUUGAUGUGCCCAUUUUCUCUUCUGGAGUUCCGUCCGCUGAAGAGACACAGGAGAUGAUCGCCAAAGCAAAGGAAAUGGUAGAAGAGGCCAUUAGGGCUGAUCAAGACGAGGACACCACAGGAUCAUCAGCCGUCAAAGUGACAAACAAACGCAAGCCUGAGGAAGAUGAUGAGGAGACUUCGGCAGAGUCUGAGCAGCGGGCAAAGAAGGCCAAGCUGUUGGAAGAGAGAAUCGUUCGUGAGCGAGUUCGCUCGGUCCGGAACCGUGCUAUGAUCACUGCCUCUGUUGGUCUUGCUCUUGUGUCCGCGAUUCCCUUUUUCUUCUAG